GGCAAGGGGGCGGCGGCGGCCGAACUGAGCAACCAGCGUCGCUGCGAGAGGGGUGGGGGGGAGGCGGGAAGCAGCCCUUCUUCCUCUUUCCCCAGCAGCCCGGCUUCCCUUUGUGGGCCAGUGGACUCUCUGAGCGAGGGCGGGACGCUGGCGGGGAGGAGGGAGGCUGAGCCACCCUCUUCAGUGCCAUUGCACCAACAGCAGCAGCAAAACUUCUGAAGGUUUGGAGAAGAAAGUAAGAAAACUACGAAGGAGGACUAAAGAAGUAUUGUUGGGAGAGAUCUUGGUCACAGAUGAUCUUGGUCACAGGGGAGAGAGAUGACUGAUGACAUAUAAGGUGUUUUGAAUUGAUUGGAGAAUGGAAAUUCAGCAAAGAGGUGGAUGUACAUAUAUUCCAAGACUUGGAUCUAAAGGUGCCCUGCAUGAGGUGAUGGGUAUUUCACAUGAAAACAGGUAAUUAGCACUUAUUGAAAGUUCCAAGUGCCAAUAUGUAUCAUUCCAUUACUGAAACUAGUCAUCCUUUACAAACAGAAGAACAGGAAAUAGGCAUUGAUCCCUUGCAGAGCUUUGUGAACAAGCCUGAAGAAGAUGUGUCAAAUGAGAAUGGAAGAAUGCAUCAUACCUCCGAUUCUGAUGGAACAUUUCUUUCUUAUAGUAAAGAAUGGGAAGAAUUAUUUGUAAACAACAAUUACUUGGCAACAAUACGACUGAAGGGGAUUAAUGGGCAGCUGAGAAGCAGCAGGUUCCGUAGUGUUUGCUGGAAGCUGUUCCUGAAUGUUCUCCCUGCUGACAGAAGUCAAUGGAUCAAUAAAACAACAAAGUUAAGAACAUUAUAUGACAAGAUUAAAGAAAUACAUAUUACAAACCCUAGGAAAGCUGGACAGCAAGACUUGAUGAUCAACAACCCACUCUCACAAGAUGAAGGGAGUCUUUGGAAUAAAUUUUUUCAGGACAAAGAACUUCGUGGAAUGAUUGAACAAGAUGUGACAAGAACGUUUCCUGAAAUGCAGUAUUUCCAGGGAGAAAAUGUGAGAAAGAUUCUUACAGAUGUUCUUUUCUGUUAUGCUCGGGAAAAUGAGCAGUUACUUUAUAAACAGGGAAUGCACGAACUCUUAGCACCUAUUGUGUUUAUUUUGCAUUGUGACCACCAAGCUUUUCUGCAUGCAAGUGAAGCUGCACAACCAAGUGAGGAAAUGAAAGUUCUAUUGAAUCCUGAAUACCUGGAACAUGAUGCCUAUGCAAUGUUCACCCAUCUUAUGAAAACAGCUGAACACUGGUUUUCAACCUGUGAGCAUGACAGUCAAAAGGAAAAAGAUGCAAUGAUGACGCCUAUCCCUUUUGCACGACCACAAGAUUUAGGUCCAUCAAUUGCUAUUGUAGCAAAAGUAAACCAAAUUCAAGAUCAUUUGCUAAAGAAACAUGAUAUUGAACUCUACAUGCAUUUGAACAGGCUAGAGAUUGCUCCGCAGAUUUAUGGACUGCGAUGGGUAAGACUUCUGUUUGGACGAGAAUUUCCACUCCAGGACCUUCUUGUUGUCUGGGAUGCUUUAUUUGCUGACAGCAUUACUCUCAAUUUAGUCGACUACGUUUUCUUAGCUAUGUUGCUAUACAUUAGAGAUGCCUUGAUCUCAAGUAAUUAUCAGACCUGUUUGGGACUUCUGAUGCAUUAUCCACCUAUUGGAGAUGUCCAUUCACUGAUCUUGAGAGCUCUUUUUCUUAGAGAUCCAAAGAGAAAUCCAAGACCUGUGACUUACCAGUUUCAACAAAAUUUAGAUUAUUACAAAGCACGUGGAGCAGACUUGAUGAAUAAAACACGUGUCAGUGCUAAGGUUGCUCCACUGAACAUCAAUAAAGUUUCCAAUAGCUUAUUGAACUUUGGCCGAAAGCUAAUUUCCCCAGCUAUAACUUCAGGCAGUGCCUCUGGGCCUGUUGUAGGUAGCAGCGGUAGCUUUUCUUCUUCUGCAGUGCCCAUUAGGAGCACAGUGGAGCUUCCUCAGCAGCAGCAGCAGCAACAACAACAACAACAAAGAAUGAUGAAAUCUGAAAGUAUGCCUGUUCAACUAAGCAAAGGAGAUGUAAUUACAGGCAGUGAUACUCAAGUUUCGGUUCCUGUCCAGAAUUUAAGUGCCCUCCAAGGUACAGUUGCUACAGCAACUCAUGGGCAGAGUCCAAAAAAUGUCAGCUCUUCUCCAAGCAUUGAAAGUUUGUCUGGAGGGCGUGAAUACACAGGGUCUCCACCUUUGUCUGCAAGCAAGAAAGAAUCCUUUUUCAGUAGUAUUUCUCAUUCUCGCUCUCACAGCAGAAGUGUAAACAAAAAAGAGUCUGAAGAAGAACUAGAAGCUCAAAUUUCAUUUCUCCAAGGACAACUGAAUGAGCUGGAAGCCAUGUGCAAAUACUGUGCAAAGAUGAUGAAUACACAUCUUGGAAACAUUCAAGAAGUCAUCCUGCAGGAGCACUUGGAGAAAGAAGAUGAAAUUCUGGUUUCUUUGGCUGGGUUGAAGCAGAUCAAAGAUAUUCUGAAAGGUUCCCUCCGUUUCAAUCAGAGCCAGUUAGAGGCAGAGGAGAAUGAGCAAAUCACAAUAGAAGAUGAUCACUACUGUUCCAACAAUCAGAGCAAGGGAGCUAGUGAGACCACCAAAGGGCCUUCAGUCACAGAGCAGCACUUCCCUCCAACGCAGCAGGCUGUUGAUGAUACAAGUGGAACUUCUGACAUCAAACACACCAGUGACUUUAUCCUAGUUUCCAAAGAAGAGGAAGGAAAUGUUAGUGCUGCCCUGGAACAUGGGCAGACUAUGCCAACGUGCAAGGAGCUGACCACAAAGAAUGACGCCACGUGCCACUCUUCUUUAGUCUUUUCUGACCCACUAAUGGGUUCCAUGUCUGCCUCUUCUAGUAACCUCAGUUCCAGCCCUGAUGAUGACAGUAGCAACAACAGCAAGGAUUCUGACUUUACUAUCGUUAGCCCCUUGGAGAUCUAAGUACACUGUUCAGAAAGUAUGCUGUGAGGCUGGGUAUUGCACAUCUGCAUGUGUUCUGGUGCCCCAUGGGACUGGGGAUCUCUUUGAUUGUGAGGGGAAGUAAUAAAGCCUAAAUAUUCAGUCAGAGCACAGGUGUAGCAAAGGCAAUCCAUGUCAGCAUUUCACAUGAAAAUAAAAAUAGCAAAUGUGUAAUGAUUGCCUUUCGACAUGCACAUGUUAAUAUCAAAUCUAAUGUAUGAUGAAAGGUACAUGUAGAUUUACUUUGUUAGCUGCUGCUUGUAUAUUGAAAUAGUAACUUGUAGUCAUGUAGAACAACACACAAUUUAUAGUCUAAAGGAUUAAGAGGAAAGCAUCCUGCCCAAAUGUGGGGAAAGCAAAUCUAUAUUUUACCAAUUCAGAUCCUGAAAGAUUAUUUGGACCAGGGGAAAAGUAGGACAUGCCUUCUAAAAUAUGGCAGCUAGAAAAUAAGAGAAAUAAAUGUUAAAAAUAAAAAGAUUAAGGGUUAUAUUCUGGCCAUCUGUCAGGCACAGGGACAAUGGCUGGCCUCCUAAACAUCUCUCUGAUUUUUUUUUUUUUAAGUACGAUGGAUUUACACAUGACAGAAACGACUACAGUUCCUAUCAUGUAAAAUGAGAAAAACAUUGUAAGGUAUUACAAAUUUGACUCUUGGAUACACUGAAGCUUUAAGUCUCAAACAUGUUCCUUAACAAAAACUCCUCAAGUUGUAUUGUACAGUAUUGUCUGGAAUGUAUUUUUAUAGCUAUUUCAGGACCUCCACAAUCUCCUCAGGCCCAGGAACAAAGCCCAUUGAGGGUCAUAAUGCCGCAGAAUUCCUUGCUGAAACAGUUCCCUGUUGUUCUUUUUCUUAUUUUGAAUGCACACAGUCUACUUCAUAACACUGUUUCCAUAAAGGGCAAUAAGAUUCCUGGUUCUUUUAAUCCCAGUGAUGUCAUGUUUCACUGAAGAGCAAAUUUCUCUCACAAUAUUGGAGGAGGCUGAAGUAUGUCUGGAAGCAGCUUAAGCUGUUAGCACAAUAAAAGAAGAAUGCAAAGAAGAAUUAAUAUUUCAGUGCCUAGAACUAAUUCACAGUGAAUAAUGCUAAUGGAUUAGUGCUAAUGUUGCUUUCUAGCUUCUAGAGUCUAAAUUCAAAGUAGUUCUUGCUCUGAAUCUCACCAACACUGUCAAUGUGAGAAUAAGCAGAUGGUAACUUCAUGGUAGAGCUGAAAAUCUAGGCCUUACUGAGACAUCCUCACUUUUAAAUAGCUUUCUCUUCACAGGUAGCCAGGCUAAACUGUGUAUACAGCAUUGCCCUAGAUUACACUGACUAAUUUCACUCCCCCAAUGGAAGAAUUUGGACAUAAUGAGACUAAUAGGUGCAAGUCAUUGACCUGUUAGGGAUCUUUCACCUUAUCCUGGCAUUAGGGUUGGACAGAUUUAAACUUAAAACAGUUUCUAGCUAUUACUUUGAACACUGUAAAUCUACAGUGGGCGCAUCUAACCAAGAAACACUUUGGUGUCCAGCUAUACCCACCCAUGCAUUUUUGUGUGGAAAUAUGCCAUGAUGAGAUUUCUCUAGGGGCACUGGUUCGAUGAGAGGGGGCAAUAGUUCAAUGGUAUCAGCUCUAAAAAAUAUCUAAUUCUCUCUCUCUCACACACACACACGGUUUGCUGCUACACUAGGAAAUGAAAAUAUCUUACCCAUUAAAAGUUUAACCAUUAGGAAGGAUCAUGUUUUUAUUAAGGAUUUUUCACUUCAUUAUCUCUAGGUCCUUUGCUGGUAUCAAAAACAAGUUGCUUAUAUGUACGCAGUCUACGUUUCCCCCGUUUUGUAGGAUGAUGCUUGUAAAGGAUAUUUUCCAAAGCUGUGUUAACAAGUAAAUUGCAGUGCUCCUGCACUUCAUUUUUACUAGACAUUCACAGAAUGACCACAACCAUGCCACAGUGAUAGGUCAUGAAGAUGUUAAUGAUUAAAAGCCGUUGUAACUCUCAUUAAGAAUACUUCUCCUCAUCCACAGAACCAGUCGUGCUGAACCAAACCUCAGUCUGACCCCAGGGCCUCAGAAUAUCUUGCCACAUAUAGUUCUCGUGAUAACUUUAGUUCAGUCACUCUGUGGUCAGUGCCGAUCAAAUUGACAUUUGGGGUCUUGGGCAAAGGAAUAUUCACAACACCUUGGCCAGAAGUGAGUGGAGUGAUUUGUUCAGUAAGUUGGAUCUCCAAGAAUCCACUCGACUCUCCCAGAAUUCAGUUGGGUUUGCAAUGCAAUAGUACACUUUUGUGUCUAUUAGUGUCUUUCGCAAAAGGCAAACAUUAGCAUGUGACCACUGUUACAUGGUGGCCUGAUCACAACUAUAUAUUCCAAAACAAUCAAUAAAUUCUUCGCAAAAAGAGGUCCCUGUGCCUUGUAAAUGUGGAAGUAAUCCCGAGAGGCUGUGCACAAAGCAUAACAGUAUGUACAGUUGCAGGGUGAUGUACAGAACAGUCCAGUGACUGCUAAUCUGGAUGAAUGAUUGAAAAGCAUCUUGUGGUUAUGCAAGGCGUCUGUGCCGGCUUAAAUUAGCACUCCUUUUCAUUUAAACAUUCACAGUAAGCCACCUCAAGACUCAGCCUUAUGGUCUGCGUACAGGUUUAUUUCAUUUCCUUGGAUAUGUAAGGAUGCCAAGAGAGGAUUACAUUGCUGGUGAUUAAUUUUAGUCCUCUAAACAUCACUAACCUACUCCUUUCUGCCUAGAUGUGUAGCUGUUAUGACACGGGGCAAGUGCCAUUACGAGUGAACUGCUAUUUAAGAGUGGGAAACCUAGCAAGAGGGAAACUGGAGAAUGAUAGAUCAUAUGUCACCAUGUGGGGGGAAGCCUGAGUGUUUUGUAACUUUUUAAAUUAUUGACUCUACAUUUGCUGUCUACUGAUUUCAGGGAUCGUGUUUUGUUGUCAAAGCAGUCUCAGUGCCAUGAAACCGUUAUUUUGCAAUACAGCUGAUUUUUGUGUGUGUGAUUUUUUUUUAACACGUUUGCUUUAGUUAGUAUAUCUUUAGUUCCUUCAUGCCUGCAAUAAUCUUUGAUUUCGGAAAAUAAACAGGGCUAAACUGAUAGAGACAGAUGAAACCUGAGAAACUAACUCCAUUAAGGGAGCUAACUGGUAAUAUCAUGUCCCAGUGUAUCUCAAUUAUAUAAUGGACUCUACUGUUUGAUAAUGCUGGAAGUAUUUGGUUUUUGUAUACACAUUAACCCCAAAAGAUUAGCAUGUUCGGUCACAAUAAUCCCAUAUUGCCUUACAUUACAUUUAUUCUAAGAGCGCAAUUCCCACUUUAAAACACCAGAUUAUUCAGCCUUUUAAAGAUAACCUGCUCAUAUUGUUCAUAGAUAAGGGUACUCUUAUAGAAAAUAAUAUGUGGUAUACAUCUCUGAUUAGGGCUAACAUGCAAGACUCUAGAACCUUUUUUCAGCGUAUUACAGACUCAACUGAUUUGCUUGCAUCUUUACCAUAUGACUGUUCCAAGGCUUUUGCAUGUAAUGUCAAUCACGUUACUGCAGAAUGGUGAUUACCAUAUAUUGACUGGGUGUAUUGAUUUAACUGUGGAAAUUUGUAUCUUUCCUCUAGAAGAAUAUCUAGCCUACUUUAUUAAAGAAAGAAUUAACAUGCAAACUG